CCACCUUCCCCACCACCACCACCAUCAUCAUCAUCUCCACCACCACCAUUAUCAUCUCCACCACCUUCACCAUCUCCACCACCACCAUCAUCAUCUCCACCACCUUCACCAUCUUCCCCACCACCACCUUCACCAUCAUCAUCUCCACCACCUUCACCAUCUUCCCCACCACCACCUUCACCAUCAUCAUCUCCACCACCUUCACCAUCAUCAUCUCCACCACCUUCACCAUCUUCCCCACCACCACCAUCAUCUCCACCACCACCAUCAUCAUCUCCACCACCUUCACCAUCUUCCCCACCACCACCUUCACCAUCAUCAUCUCCACCACCUUCACCAUCUUCCCCACCACCACCUUCACCAUCAUCAUCUCCACCACCUUCACCAUCAUCAUCUCCACCACCUUCACCAUCUUCCCCACCACCACCAUCAUCAUCUCCACCACCUUCACCAUCUUCCCCACCACCACCUUCACCAUCAUCAUCUCCACCACCUUCACCAUCUUCCCCACCACCACCUUCACCAUCAUCAUCUCCACCACCUUCACCAUCAUCAUCUCCACCACCUUCACCAUCUUCCCCACCACCACCAUCAUCUCCACCACCUUCACCAUCAUCAUCUCCACCACCUUCACCAUCUUCCCCACCACCACCACCACCAUCAUCAUCUCCACCACCUUCACCAUCUUCCCCACCACCACCACCACCAUCAUCAUCUCCACCACCUUCACCAUCUUCCCCACCACCACCACCAUCAUCUCCACCACCACUUUCACCAUCUUCCCCACCACCACCACCAUCAUCUCUACCACCACUUUCACCACCACCAUCUCCAUCUCCACCCCCACCACCACCAUCAUCAUCAUCUCCACCUUCCCCACCACCAUCUCCACCUUCCCUACCACCACCAUCAUCUCCACCACCACCAUCUUCCCCACCAUCAUCUUCACCACCACCAUCAUCUCCACCACCAUCUUCACCACCACCACCAUCAUCAUCUCCACCACCACCAUCUUCACCACCAUCAUCUUCACCACCACCAUCUUCCCCACCAUCAUCUUCACCACCACCAUCAUCUCCACCACCACCAUCU